CUCAUCACUUGAUUGAUCACAAUAAUCACCUCAUCUUUCUUAUAGCUAAAAAAGUAAGGUACAAGAAAUGAUGAGGUGUACUUCUUCGGCAGCUUUAGCUCUAGGGCUCAUUCUUGUGACCCUUAUUAGCCAAAGUUAUGGGCAAAAACUACAAGUUGGCUACUAUAACGGGAAAUGUUGGAACUACAAUGUCGAAGAGAUCGUUUUUAACGUAGUUAAGGCUAAAUUUGCUAGGGAUCCAACUAUUGUUGCUGGUCUCAUCCGAUUACAAUUUCAUGAUUGCAUUGUUAGGGGAUGUGAUGCAUCAGUCCUACUCAAUGGACCAAAAACAGAGAAAACCGCAUCACCAAAUCUUAGCCUUCAGGGAUUUUAUGUCGUGGACGCUGUAAAGGCAGCUCUAGAGAAAGCUUGUCCAGGAGUUGUCUCUUGUGCUGAUGUACUUAAUAUUGCUGCUAGAAGUGCCGUCUUUUUGGCCGGAGGUAAAUGGUAUUUCGUAGAAACAGGAAGACGUGAUGGUUUUGAAUCACAUCAAAGUGAAGCCAUUGCAAAUCUUCCAUCAGAAAAUAUGCAAGUACGUGACGCCGUCCACCUUUUUGCUUCAAGAGGACUAAGUAAGGAGGAUUUUGUUGUUCUUCUAGGAGGACAUACUGUUGGAGCUACACACUGUGACAAAUUUGAAAGCCGUCUAUAUAAUUACCACAACACCGGUAAGCCAGAUGCAAAGAUGACUUCCAACAUGCUCUACGCCUUGAAGAAGACAUGUCCAAGGAGGAGUAAAAACCAAGUUUAUUUCAAAAACAACCCUAAGAGUCAUUAUCGCAUGGACAAUACUUACUACAAGAACCUAUUGGUAAACCAAGGAAUUCUUGAGAUUGAUUCAAACAUUGCAAGUUCUCCCUUGACCAACAGCCUUGUGAAAAAGCUAGCUUAUGCUCCUGGUUACUUCGAGAGUAGAUUUGGUCCAGCCAUGGUUAACAUGGGCCGAAUCGGUGUUCUCACCGGAAAGCAAGGAGAGGUUAGGAAAUACUGCGGUGCGGUUAACCACCACAAACAUUGACGACAUUGCCAAUUCCUUUCGUUUUAUUUGGAAGACAUACAUAAGCAAUUCUUAAUUCUUUUUGUUAAUUUAAUUUACUUCGUUAUUUUUGUCAUAAUUGUAACGUUUUUUUAUUUUAUUUAAUAUUUAUAAUUGAGUCUCUCCUAAAAAAUAAGCAAUAAUGCAAGCUGGAGGAGAUUCUAACUUUUAUUUUAGCUUGAGAGUUUAAUUUAUAUAUAAACAUAUAUACAUAAAAAAAAAAUUUAAAAAAA